AGCUUGUAAAAGGUGAAGCGGUGUAGUGAUCAGCUGUUCCACCACAACAUGGGAGGAUGAACGAGUCCCUCUCCUUUUUCUCACCAUAAUGUCCUCCUCGAGAGUCCCGGGCCUUCGUCAACACGGCCGGCACCAUCUUAUGCAGAAACUCCACUUCAGGGAGUUGUAUGGUGAGACGAGGCAAGCGCGCUCUCGGCCCCGCCAAAGGUUGUUCUACCAGCUGCCACAGCGCCUGGCGUUCUCCCUGGCCGAGGUGGCUCCUGCCUCUGCCUUGGCUGCCGGUCACGUGUUCCUAGGCUUCACAAAAUGCGGCCAGUUCGUGCUCUCCUACACACACUCCAGCGACACCGACGACCACACGCUGCAGAUGGAACACAGGUACAGACUCCACUGGUGGGUGUUUGUCCCCUACUCCCCGCUGAGGAAGGUGGCGGAGGUGAUGCUCUUUGGCGACCAGACACUACAAGCAAACGUGUACGCCUUCGAGAAUGUCUUCAUCUCCCUCUGUCAGUGGCCGCGAGACAUGUCGAAGAUUCUGGUGUAUGGCUGCAGCAUGAUCGAAGGCAGCGACGGCUCCAGCUCACAGACGCGCCGCUGCUGUGUCACCAUCACGGCCGUGCCCUCGCUGGACAACUGCUCCGCCUGCUACCAGGUUGCCACGUCCUAUGAGGAGGAAGACCUGGCUGAGCGGUGGAACAGCUGUGCGCGGUUCAGCUGCCUCAAGCAUGGCAUCACAGUACACACCAGCUUUGAGAUGGUGCCACCCUUCCCAAAAUUCAUCCCCAGCGUACAGAUGAAGCGGCGUGGCUUUGUGGUGCUCAACGCUGGCAACUUCAUCCAUGUGCUGCAUGUGGACAUUGAGAACAUGGACCGGCGAAUGAAGGAGGGGGAGGUGGAGGGGCCAAGACUAGGCAGCAUCAGGGUGAGGGAGGAGGAGGAGAGUGACGACGACCGGGACCACCAGGGGAAGGUCAAGAACAGGAGGGUGUCCGGGGAGCAGCAGCAGCAGCAGCAGUACAUCACCCCCAGUCUGAGGUCCCGGAAGUACUGCCCGACAGAGAGCACUGCCAGCGACCCCGAAGUGGACAGUCAGAGCAGCUGUGAGGAGGAGGAGAGGGACCAGUGUGUGGGCAACAAUGGCAGUGGACUGAAAAUCACUCUUAAUAUGGGCAGCGGCUACUCCCACAGCGCCUCCACCACAGACAAGGACAGGGAGUGGGAAAUCUUGAUAGGCAGUGUGCCGGCGCGGGGCGAGGGACGAACUAAGGGUGAAGGGAGUGGUGGUGGUGGCGGUGGUGGUGGUGGAGGCAGUGUCAGUAGUGCAGGAGGGAGUGGGUGUCAGGGAAGGGGUGCCACUGAGGGCCAGGGCAUCUCCCAUACCGGUGAAACUAAUGUCUGUGAUAAUAACAAAGGCCAGCUGGAGGGUGAUGCGCCCCGGCCAGGCCUGGCUUGCAAUCUCAAGCUCAAGGACUUCCAUUUUCUUGAGUCUUCGCCGUGCCACUACUAUGGCGAGAGCGACUAUUUUAAUGACAACGACUCAGAUGACUCAACGUGGUGCUCCCACACCAGCGAGGAAUCUCGUCGCAACGACCUCAGGGACCCGCCCGCCAGUGCGGGCGAGCGACACAGACCCCCGGCAGGCUGCUGUGGUGGGGGGCUCAGGGCUGACGACGGUAUCUUUGGCUCACCACAGCAGCAGCAGGGCAGCAGGAUGGUCCUCAGGAGCUCUAGUGAAAGUUCAUGCGGAGAAAAAACGCCAACCAAGCAGGCGGAAAAGGAGUACGAGUUUAUAGAUGAGAUUACAGACUCCCGGCAUGAGAAGCUGAGCGUGUUCCGGCGCCGGAGAUUGGCGGACAAGAAGUAUGAGUUCUCCGAUGAGAACAUGGAGAACGUGCCCCAGAACUACAGCAGCUUCCGCAAUCAGAGCCGCCGGCUGCUGAUGAGUCCCUCGCGGUCCCCGAGGUUCAGGGCGAUGGGUGUGCCUCUCUCGGAGCUGUCCAUUGACCUUGGGGAGUCCUCGGGCCUCCUGAGGUCAGUGUACGAGAAGCUGCUCAGUCCGGGGUCCAGCGGGGGCUCGCCCAGCGAUGUGCUGCGGCCCAUCAACCAGAACAUCACCAGCCCCAUCCUGUCCCCCCGUGAUGACCGCUGGAGAGAGGAGAUUGAGAUGCUGGAGAAGGCUGAGAUGCAGCGCUGGAGUUCCCGUGAGAGUCUGGGAGUGUUUGCCCUCAGCCCCGGCAGAGUCCAGAAGUCCUCGGAGAAGUAUACAUCCGGACUCACCCAGAACAGCAAUUCAGAACACACGCAGUCCAUGAGUUGUGUGGUGGACUUCAACCGGCGCUACAUAGAGGUGGAUGACGAGCUGGUGUCCAUCAUCACCGACAUAGAGGAUGAUGAGCUGAGCACGGCCACCGGCUACCACAACGCACUGCCACUGGAGGUGCAUGGCUCGGGAUACACCCAGAUGCAGAUGAUUUCCAACACCAAGGCUGAGAAACUGAAUGCUCCGGGAGUGUUGGUGAAGCAGGUGAGCCUUGACGUGGAGCAGUUUUGUCAUGAGAUGGCUCAGCGGCUGUGCACAGAGUCCAGCAAGAAGUACUUUUUCUGCAAUGAUUACAAUGUGGAGAUUGUUGAUGUGUGUCCAGACAGCGGGGACAUUGUGGCACUGGCUUCCAUGUUGGUCCAGGCCGCCACGCUGGUCAAGGGUCUGCCCAAGACGGCGCGCUCCCCCCUCAGCUCCCUCACGCGGCGGAAAUAUAAGACCACGGCAACCUUCGUCUUCAACAUGGACACCAAGCAGUAUUAUGUGGUGGAGAAGGAACCCCUGACAGAGACCGACCCUUAUUGUUUGGAGACCAUGGACUGUGAGGUGGGUGACGAGCGUUGGUGGCUGGGGGCACGUCAGGCGGCCAGACAGCUGCGGGCCCAGUGGUCCUGCCCCACAGACUACUACUCCAGUGUCAAGGUCAUGACCAAUGAGCCCUUCCUCAAAGGAAAAUCUCUGAACCACAUCAUGGAGAGCCAGCACCUGGUGGCCCUGGUCCUGGGGCCGCAGCCUCAAUGUUUGUGAGGUGCCUUGGCUCGCCACCCACACAGCCACUGCUGAAGCCAGAGCGGCGCCACAUUAGCUGUGUGUAUAUGAAGGCGUUCCUCACGUGGGCUUUUGGGCAAACUCUUCGAGGAAAAAUUAAGCUAGGAACAAAUUGAUUACUCAAGGCUGUCUGAUGCUGUUCCUUACCAGCUUCAGCCUUUGCCUCGAAGCCUGUCAGGGAAGCAGCAGCAGCAGCAGUGCAGCCUCACUGGUAUCUGUGUUGGGCACCUUGUGUACCUGCCAGCCAGGGCUUGGCUGCCCAAGACUUCUCUGAUGGCACUGAGGGCCACUGCUUGUGCCAUGCCACAACUCACCACAAUUACUACCUUCUACUGGGGCAUUACUAUUUAUUUGAAGUCUUGUUGCAGUUGUAUAGCUGUAUGUAUUGUGAACAGUUGCUUGUCAUUCUUCAUAUAUGUCCUGUUUUUUUGCAUAUUGCCAUGUAGCCAAAGCAUGUUGCUCAUUCCAGGUCAAGGCUCCUCCUGCAAGUUUCCUUUACAUGCCAUUUUACUCGUCACUCCACUCCAGAGCAGCUCCAGCACCAGCACCAUCAGGCGGGUGGCAGGGAGCUGCCAGCCUCAUUAAGUACCCAUAAGUGUGUUGUUUCCUUGCAUCUCAAUCUGUCGGACAGACCAAGUUGGCUUAGGACAGACAAGAGGUAUUACCAGAUAUUUAUUACUUUUAACAUGGAUUUUAUUUUGUUCUGUCAAUGUUCCUUACUCUGUAUUCCAUUCAUGAUGGCUUGCAUUGCUGCAAACAUACUUUGUUUUUAAGGACACUUACUUUGUGGUACGUGUCUAGAAUUGACCCACAGACACUCAAUUCAGUUCAUACUUUGGUUUACAGAAAACCAACUAUCAGAAGGUACAAACUUAACUGUAUUAAUUUCUUCUUGACUUCCUACUUGUAUGAAGACUGUGUUCUUUUUAAAACUAUAAGUUUCACCAACAUUUUGUACUGAAUUAGGCAGUUAUGCUCACUUGUACAUACACCAGGGAAAGAAAAUCCAUAAUUUAUGUUAGAAAUUGUCUUGAAGGCCUAUGAAGUAAUGACAUGGUGUCUUCAGGUGUUCAGAGGUUAGAGGUGACCUGGUAGCUCUUUAGGUGUGUGUAGCCAGGCAGAGGAAGGAAGGCCAGGGCAUAUGUAUCAUAUGGAUGAUGUGUAGACUACAGUGGAAAGAUUGUUUAGUUGUUAUUGAUUCAGGAGGACAAGGACCCGCACGAUAGAAUGAACAAAUUAUUGACUUAAGCAGCAAUGUCUGGUGCUCUGUUCUAAGGUUAGCAUUGUAUUUGGCAAAGAGAAAAUGACUGGACUGACACUUCCAUGCAGUGACCUACAACUCAUGGUGAUAACUCAUCUGGGAUCUUCCCAGUCAUAUAAAUGGCUUCAGUUCCUCAUAUCUUUCAGACAAUGCACUUAUAACUUCUAUUUCUAUCAUGUAAAAAUUGACAUUUUAGGAGUGUGCAGACAGAUGUGUCUGCAGCCCCUUUGACAGUUAGUGAUCUCUCAGUAGAGUCUCGGCACAAACCUUGCCCAGUGUAUUUCUUCCUUACUCUGUUGUGACUGACAAACCGCGACAAACGUGUGCUUGUAGUAUUUGGACAUUUUGUAUAUUCUUACGAACACAAGACUUUAUUAUGGAAAAUGGAAAACUAAUUUAUUUAUUUCCAGUUAUGACUGUCUUUGAUGACUAUGGUGAGUGUAUAAUUUACAUGAUGUUAAGGAACAAGUAUUUUUUAUCACUGAAGGUGCUAAGUCACUGAUAGCCAUCAGAACACACAUUGUGUGUCAAACUGCACAAUUUAUAUUUACCUAACCUCUCUUUCCUUUUCUGUAGGAAAAUUACUCCAAAUCUUUGCCAUAAAUGUGAUACUUAACAACAUCUUCCAAGAUUCACAAGUGUGUCUACAUUGACUAGUUCAGUUGUCAAGAACAUGCUGACACUAGUGUUCCCUUCAGUAUGACCGGUGUAGAAUGCCUCUGACUAUAACCUUACAAUCAGGUAAAAAUGUCAUGUACAUAGAAUGCCUUUACCUCCUCCACUUCAUCCUUUACAACAUUGCCUCCACACUUUUCCCAACACAGAGCAAGAUUGUCUGCGCCACAUGACAGCCAGAGGUAUUUCUUCAUUAGUCACCUCACUGUGUCCAAACAUGUUUCCAUUUAGUUGCCAUCAGAUAUUUCCUGUGUGUAAUAUCAUUCAUGUGUCAAGAGUAUGGCGGACAGUGAUCAGUUGUAAAAUUCAGUGCCUCGGACUGGCUGGUGCGAGCCAGCCACAGGUUUCUCAAAGGCUAGCCAGGCAACACACUCCUGUCACUUCAUGUUUGUGCAAUACUACAUGAUGACACUAAUUAUACACAAAUACAUGCACAUGCACACAGACACACACACUUACACAUGCAAUGAAUAAAACUAAUUGCCUUGAUUUCACUAUUGACAAUUUAAGGAUCAUUAAAAAGUAACCUGAGUAAGUUUAGAAUUCUAGGAGCAACAAAUUAUGACUAGAUUAAAUUUCAUACUACGUACAAGAUUCUGAAGGAUGGCCUUGACGCUUCAUAGGGCACGACCAACUCGCCUUGACUCAGGAGCUUCGGGCAUCUUGAAAUAUUACCGGGUGAAGCUGACUGAGGCCAACAGGACCCAGUCUUGUAUGUGUCAUAGCAACACACGGCACGUUUGCCAGUCAGUAUGCACUAUGGCCGUUGUCAGGGUUGGGCUGUUGGGGCUAUAGCCAUGAUUUUCUUGUGUGCGUAGCUCUGAAUCCUUUUUUGUAAUUAAUUUGAAGUAUUUCAGACUGGUUUCCUUUUGUUGCCCUCAGAUGGCAGAAAAUAUUGUCAGACAGUAAAAGAUGAAAUUUUCCUGGAAGAGUAUGCCCCCAGACCCACCCAUAACUUGCUCCGUCAUGGCAGAUUCUACAAAAUUGGACUAAGCCCCAAUGACCCAAGUGUCUGGCAACGGCACUGAUGCGCACCAUUCCAGUUAGUACUCAUGUCAGGAAAAAUACUGCUCUGAAAAAUUAAGCUAAGGUGUAAUCUAUUGAAUAUUAGCAAAAUAAGGAUUAAUAAGCUUUCUUUUGACACUGGCAAAUUUUAAUACACCAGCUCUGUUUUCCAUUUUGCAGAGUAUCUUGACCACUGUUCAGAAGAGUACUUUUUAGCUUUUCCCUGAUAUUAGUACUUAUUAGAAUGAUGUAUACAAACUGUUGAACGUACCCUGGCUAUGGAGGCACGUCACCCCAUCGAGUCACAAGAACAAAAUGACGGAGCGUCUUCACCCCAACAUCGGAUUCACUCUCAGACACGGCUGCAUUGUGUGCAAUCCCAUGGCUUCCAUAAUACCCAUCAUUUGGUACUCACUGAGCUUGACAAUUGUUUUCCUAAGUUACUGUAUUCAAGUUGAUGCUCAAAAUCACUUAACUUUGUCUUCAGUCUUGUGAAACGUUCAUUGCAACCACUCAGGGUGCCCUCAGGAAUUGUCACAGAACACUUUGUGGAAACAUGAAAACAAAGUUAGCCAGAUUGGUGUUUAGAGAGCGUCCGAGGGUGGGGUGGAGGCACAGGCAAACCCAAUCUCAGCAAUAACAAGUAGUCUAGGGUAUUACAAUUGUGCUCAAUAUUCAUUACUUCUGAUCAGACUACAGUGAGGUCUCAAAUAGGGCAAGAGUAAAAAUUUAAUGGCACAAGUUACAAAUAAUAAACAAAAACUAUAAUGUAUAUUCAGCAAGUUUCCAAGAAAUAAGCCACAGACGUUAAGGAACUAAAUGAUGAUAAACAUUGAUGAGUGAAAAUCAAAUAACAUGACCAAAUUAUAUAAAUUAAAAGAGUAAGAAUUAAAGAAAGCUUGAGCUAGUGUAACCACCUAAUUCUUACUCUAUUCAGGAUCCUACUGUAGUUUGUGAUGUAAAUUAAGAGGAUUGUGUCAUUAGGAAUUUAACUUGGACUGAGUUUGUAUCUGUUUGAAUUCUGAUGUUCCUGUUGACAAACGCAGCCGAGACGAACUACACCAGUAAGUUCCUGUAGUGAGGGUGAUCCACGACGCACCAAGAUACAUAGAUCUUAGGAGCCAGAGUGUGUCUGUGUUCUCCCAGUUCAUGUCACAAGAUUGGAAGUUUUGUUGAUAUUGUUUUGUUUCUGUGUCCAGUUUAAGCUGUGUUAAAUUUGUCCUCACUCCAUCCCCAUUUUUGCACUAACAUCAAGGGAAAAAUGAGCUGGAAAAUUGAGUUUAAAGAAUAAAAAUGAAAUACUGCCAUUGCAGUGAAUCAUUUAUGUACUUCAGCUUAAUUUUUGAGUUGCUUUUUCUCAACAUGUGCUAAAUGGGAUGGUGACACAAAAUGCUGAACACUCCUGAGCUAUCAUAUUUAUGUACCUCCCUCUCACCCUUUAUUGAUUUCUUGUAUGUAUGUAUCGCAAGACUGCUUACCUACCUACCUACCUACCUACAAUGUGCAUUUCUGUCUCCUCUGAGUAUUAGGUGUUGCAUCCUGAACAAGUGAGGACCUGAGUAGUGUGUAAGGGAAGGAUUUGGUUGUCAGUUCCGUUAGAGUCCAAUCACCAACUUGUGUACUCCAGUCCAUUAGUACAUGUAUCGGGGAAAACUAUAUAUGGCAAACUGAGCCGAGGUGUAAGAGUUGUUAGAAUGCAUAUUACUACCACUUCUAAUACUAUUAUCCCUCCCCCCUCCACUGCUGCUACUACCUAGUAACACAACUAAUACUAUUUCUCCUCCUAUUAUUACUUAUGCUUCUACUUCUCUUACAGUUGUGACAUUCAGAGCUGUUUGCUGCUCACCAUCCAUUCUCCCUGGAGCUAAUGACCUAACUAAACAGAAGGUCCAAUUAGCACAGAGUUCCCUUCUAUCUGGCAAUGGGUUUAAAAUUCCCCUGUUACAUUUUUAGCUUCUGUUUUAAAGUAAAUAUGUAUUAAACACUUUUUCCUUUGGCAGUUGGUUUUUAUAAAUCUGAUAUUUUCUUCGAUCUUUUUACCAAACAGGAGUACUCAUUGAAUCUGUGUUUAAUACAUUUUUUUCUGACUGGUGAUCGUUUUUUAUAAAUGACAUUUUGGGGGGAUACUCUUUUUUUUCCCCCAGACUGGAGUACUAAUUCAACUGGUGUUCAUGAGUUGGUAAAUCUCCUCUACAUUGCAAGCAAAUGCUGGGGGCGGCAGGGCUCGCCUCUGCUGCCCAGGUUUUGAUAAGUUGAAGUAUUAUAAGCGACUUCCCCAGUGAAGGAAACUGUGGACCUUUUUUAUAUUGUAUCAGAAGAAGAAUAUAGUUUUGUUAGAGGACAAUGUAGUCAGGCCACUUUUGUCUCAUUACCCACAUUUGUGUACUUAUGUAUCUAUUACCAUGAUCAGUAAAUCAAUAUUUAUUUUA